AGACGCAGAGAGAAAAAGGGGGAAGGAGGAGCUUAUCCAGAAACCAAACUUUCACAUGAAGAAGCUCUGAAGGAGAAAGAAAACCUUCAAAAUUCGAAGAAGAUGGGUCUUCUCUGUUUCAAUUCUCUCACUCCUCUCUCUUCUUCAUCUCCUCCAAGGCUUCAACUUUCGUCUUUCGCUUCACCAGUUUUCAGCCUUAAACCCAACAAGAACAGAGUCUUUCUCAGUGCUUACAGUUUGAGCAAUAGCCAUGGAAGAUCACCAAUUGUGAAGGCAGCUGCUUCUGGCGUGGACGGAGCUGAGCCCGAGAGCAACGAGGAAGCACCUAAGACUGUUGCUGUUGCUGCUGCUGUCUCAGUGGAUAAACUACCAUUGGAAUCAAAAGAAGCUAAAGAGAAGCUUCUGCUAGAACAGAGGAUGAAGAUGAAGCUGGCCAAGAAGAUUAGGCUACGGAGGAAACGUCUGGUUCGUAAGCGUAAGUUGAGGAAGAAGGGUCGUUGGCCACCUUCCAAGAUGAAGAAGCUCAAGAAUGUUUGAUGAUCAUCACUCUUUGCUCUCUUCUAUUAUUCAACUCUUUUUUUUUUGUAAUGUUGUUUUGUAUAAGCUGGAUUAAAUCUCAAGCUGAGUUCUUUAAAAGGAUCUAUUACAAAGA